UGAGUAUCAACAAUCCCCACUUCCUUGCCGAAGGACAACAGAAAUAGACGGCAGACACAUACAAUUUUCAUUUUGGUGUUGCUGUUAAGAUCUAGACACAUUUUCAAUCCAAUUGGACAACUAGCCAGAACCGUUAGUGUUUCAAAGAUGCUCUGGUGGCGCCAGUCCAAAUAGAUGCAGAUGCCACUGCACUUGCAACAGUACAUAGCCGAAAAAUGAACAAUUUGGAACACGUCAAGCACUAUUAUCCAGAAAACUACAAAUUGGAUCUCUCGGAGACAAUGAAGGCGGCACUAUCCAAGGGCCCUGUGGGCGGGGGCGCGGUCAAUGCAGUCAGCAGCAACAAUGGCAGCAGCAGCAGCAACCUCACCAGCUCGAUGGGCGCACCAACACACAGCGAUAUGUUGCAACAACAGCCGAACGCCGGCGUUGGCUAUGUGACCGAGAAGCUCUACAUGCUGCUGCAGCUCUAUCUGCAGAAUAAAGGGUGGAACCCAAGCGCAGAGCUGCUGCAGUGCUUCAGCGAUCUUAAGGAUAAUGCGAUGCUGCCCAGCGCCGCCUACUUGCAAGUACUGGCCAAUCGACUGACGUUGGACUCACAGGGCAGGCUUAUACUGCGCGACAAUGGCAAAAUUGUGCUGCCCUUUGAGCACUUUGCUAACGCGGUCAUGCUGAAGCACAUGUCGGGGCCACAUGGUCUGCAUCUUAGUGUGGAUGCCACGGUGCGUGCUGUCAUUGAGUCCUACACUAUUGGACGUGAUCAGUUCGGCAUGGAGAAGGAAUUCAUCAUCGAGGUCGUGCAGUCAUGCCCCAGUCCUGCUUGUCGUUACUACAAGAAUCACAUGGGCAUAUCACCGAUGCCGUUUAUGGAGCAACAAUAUCCGGGCGUUAAUACUCCUGAUUUCUUGCAGCGUCUCUCGCAUCUACCACCAAGCGCAGCAGCAGGCAGUGCUGCGGUGAGCUCAGCAGCUUCCAGCGCUGCUACUGGCGUCUCCAGUGGCAGCAACAAUGCUAUUCCUGUUGAGAUUGAUUUGUCAAAAUCAAGCGGCUCCAAGGUGCCGACACAGUUGCAGCACUUAACAAAGCAGCAGCAGAGUAGCAUACAGUCGCAGCUGUCACAAAUAAGUGCCGCCGCUGCUGCAGCACAUCAUCAGCAACAACAGCAACAACAACAGCAGCAACAACAACAACAACAACAGCAGCAGCAACAACAACAACAACAGCAGCAACAACAAGCGCAGGCUCAAGCCCAGGCAAAACACCAGCAACAGCUGACAGCUGCAUUGAUUCAACAGCAGAAUCGUGUGCUCGCCCAACAGAGCCUGGAGAAGCUUAGCAAUUUGAGCGCUUUGGAGAAGCAACGUGUAUUUGCACAGUUGGAUCCCAAACACUUUGAUCCAAUGGCAGUUGCCGCAGCGGCAGCCAAUUUGCAAAUUCAAGGCAUGAUGCAGUCGCAAGCUGUGGCCGCGGCUGUGGCCUCCAAUCAACAGCAGCCAAUACCGCUAGCUACGAGCAACUCUUCGGCAACGGUCAGCUCCAGCGUUAGCGCGCAGGUGCACAAUACACACCAUUCGUUACCGCCGCCUUCGCAGUCGCCGCACUCGUCGUCAUCGUCUUCCUCGCACUCUUCGAUGGAUCCGCUACCGCAUAAGAAUAUUUCGGAGUCAUUGAGAUCAAAUCUGGACUCGAUUGAAUCGAACAAGGAUCUGUUGGCACUGCACAAUGGCGCUUGGGCCAGCCACGAUGCCAAUCGCAUAGAUCACAUGACUGUUGGCCAGGACAAGAUUGUGCGCAUUUUCUCGGAGCUAAUGCGUAACAUGUCGCGCAUGAAGACAUACAUACGCCCCUCAAUGUGCAAGCCCUAUGGCAAACAGAGCGAGAGUCUACAGAAGACUCUCAUGGAUACUAUUCAAAUUGUGCAGACUUUGCGUAAUUGCUUGCCGGCACCCCACAUUCCAGUUUCAUCCUGGAAGAGCGAGAGCGAGGGUAGCGUUAAUGUGGGCGCGGGCGUAGGUGUAGGUGUGCCUCCCGGCUUGAGCAUGAAUGCGCUUGGCUUGCAAUCCGGCAGAGUGGACAACUUGCUCUAAGUGGAUCCGAGACGAAAAACGUAGUUGAAUCGCAGCAAAUUACAUUAGGUAAUAUUUUAAUAUUCCCGCGAUUCCGAGCAUCAAUACAGUAUUUAUAUAGACUAGAUUAUCAUCUUCAUAGCCUUGGCUCAUGGUUUUCCAAUUACCUAUUAUGUGCCAUGUUUAACACAAGACUUGAUUUCAUUUUAAUAUUUGACUGAUUUUCAUAAUACAAUGUCACUAGCUAAAAGUGGUGUAUCCCUUUUAGAUUGUGUCACAAGAUUUAUGCGCUUAAGCUCGGCUAGGGUCUAAGAUUGAGCAGCAGUCCAAUGUCCAAUCCAUACCUAUAAGAAUUGUUUAAUUUCUUCAUUUAUUUACUUGUUUUCAUUUGUUAUUCGGCAUAAACAAAAUUGACAAAGCAUA